UGUGAGCAGUAAGUAGUGUUUACUUAAGCAUACACGACUCAAUUUGGAUUCCUGAUUUUUGUGUUUAUAUUUUCAAAAGCAAAGUGCGUUUAUCCACAAGUGAAUAAAAAUAUGUGAAAACUACCUUACGAUUAAUUCGGGAAAUGUGAAUGUUUCAAGUUGGAAAUCGAUGUGUACAGGUUAAUUUAUUUGUGUCCGAAUAUUCCUCCAGCUCUUGUUACUCAAGGAUCCUAGAUGUUUUCGAAUUACUGGAAGAAAAAAUGGGCUUUCUUUCUCGUCUCCAUCAUAUUCCAAACAACAUCCAGCGCUGACCAAUUUUGCACCAAGACAGAUAACUGCCAAUGUCUCAACAACACAGAACACUUCGAAUAUCGAUGUUUGGAUUCAAAAUAUAAUGAGGAUAUCAUACUUCACAUCUACCCCAACUCCCUCAUUCUAAUUGAUUGCAGCGACGAUGUGAAAAUCCUCAACUCUCGAAAACUACCCAAAGUAAAAUUCGAAAACAUCGACAAAUUAAGAAUAAAUUAUUGCCCCUUACCAGAGAACGGGGUGAGAGAAAUAGUGGAUCACUUCGGAUUGAAAAAUCUCGAUGCUCUCACAUUUGAGUACGGAAUUUUCGAAAACUAUACCAUCCCGACAGAAAAAUUUAGAGGCGUCCAGAAUGUUACUGAGUUGAAACUGAGAGCAAAUGAUUUAACCACUUUGGGGGACGGUUUUUUCGAGAAUUUUCCAGAAUUAAUUUCCUUGGAGUUGGACAGAAACAACUUGAGACUGCAAGAAAAUUCACUCUCUACACUAUCAAAAUUAAAAUUUAUCAGCAUAUCGGAUAAUCAUCUGGAAACCCUCCAAAGAAAUCUUUUUCGAAAUCUGAGCAGUCUGCAAAAACUGUACAUUUGGAAGAAUGAAUUGCGUGUAAUAGAACGUCAUACAUUAGAAGGUCUAAAGAAUUUGGAAGUAUUGGAAUUGGCAUUCAAUAAAAUAGAGACAAUAGAAGAAGGGGCAUUUGAUUUUACACCUAACUUAGUGAACAUAAGUUUCAGAUACAAUUCAAUACAAAAUGUUUCCCGUAGAAUGUUCCAAUUUAAUAAAUUAUUGGAGCAAGUGGUACUCAGUGGAAACCCUGGACUCGCUAUUGAAGAUGGGGUUUUUUCAGAUCUGAAACAUUUGAAGAUCGUGGACGUGGGAGGAUCAAACUUAACCUCUCUGCCUGAAGAUUCCUUCAAGAACUCAACAUCUCUAGUUCAUAUUUCUCUAGAAAGAAACCAAAUCAAAAACAUCGCUAGAAAUAUUUUUACAGAUUUAGUGAAUCUGAGACGACUUUCCUUAGCAUAUAAUAAAAUAGAAAAACUGAAUGAUGAAACGUUCUCAUCUUUAGCGAAUUUAGAAGUACUGGACCUCCAACACAAUGAACUUCAAGAAAUAAAUUCGGAACUUCUGAAACAUGUGACUAAACUGAAAGAGUUGAACUUGAAUUCCAAUAAAAUCAAAGACAUCGAUCUGGGUGCUUUUUCGCGAAACAAAUUACUGCAGAAAAUAUUAUUGAGCCAUAAUUCGUACAAAUAUGAAUACAAAUCGAUUUAUCAAAUAAGCCCCUUCAACAAAUGUGGCGAUCUGGAAGAAAUCGACUUGAGCUACAAUGAGGUGAUGGAUUUUCCAGAGGACCUGGUGUUAUUAACAUCCAUGAAAUCUAUCAACAUUAGUACCAACAAUAUAAGCUCAUUGAGGGUUAAUGCCCUGUGGAAGAUAACAACAAACGAGCUAAUAAUCGAUUUAGAGAAUAACAAGAUAUCUCACUUGAAUUUCGAAAAUGUUGAAGUGACAGCCUAUCAACAACCGAAUCUUGAUGCCUAUCACAACACUGGCUCUCCCACAGUGGUACGGCUAUCACGCAAUCCAAUAGUUUGUGAUUGUUUCGCCAUCGAUUUCGUGAGAUAUAUACGAAACGAAUUGUAUCCAGGCAUAAAAACUUCAAUAUACUUCUUGUAUGAUAACCUAGUUUGUAAUUCUCCUGAAAUUUUCAAAGGAAUUCCCAUUGAAAAUGUAUCACCACAGAUGCUAAGUUGUGAGAUAGAAGAAGUGAUUGGAAAUUUCAAUUGUACAAACUUUCCUCAAUGCGGAUGCGCCUGGAGGCCCUUCGAUAGCAGCCUUGUGAUAAGUUGUGAUAAGAAAAAUUUAACAUCACUACCUAGAAUUUAUCAACCCAGAAACCUCAUCUACAAUCAGACGGAACUUAAUCUAGAGAAUAAUCUGUUGGAAAAAGCACCUACAGCGGACGACUUUGGUAACUGGAAUGUUACGAAAUUGUUUUUGGGAGGUAACAGACUACGAUCGAUGGAUUGGAUUCCACCGAAAUUGGAGGUGCUCGACAUAAGUAAUAAUCGAAUGGAAAAUAUUGAUUAUGGAGUUUUGGAACUUAUGAAUUCGACAUCUGUCAAGAAAGUGUUUCUUCAUGGGAACCCAUGGAAAUGUGAUUGUUCGGCAGCUAAUUUCACAAACUACUUGAGGCAGCAUGUUCAUCAGAUUGAUACAAGCCACAUCUUUUGCGAUGGAAGCUCAAAUCUGCUUAUCAACCUGAACGAAAAAGAUUUAUGUCCCACAAAUCCCAUUAUUCUGGCUAUGGCAGCAGUUCUCAUAUUAUGUUUAUGCGUAUUAAGUUCGUUCGCAGCUUUUUACUAUAAAUUUCAACAAGAAAUCAAGGUUUGGAUGUACGCCCAUAAUAUUUGUCUGUUCCUCAUUGAAGAAGAAGAAUUGGAUAAAGAUAAAAUUUAUGACGCAUUUAUCAGCUACUCUCAUAAAGAUGAGGAUUUCGUCAUAGAGAAUUUGAUAUCGAUCUUAGAAAGUGGCCCUAAACCAUAUAAAUUAUGUUUGCACUUCAGAAACUGGAUUCCUGGUGAAUUUAUAGCGAAACAGGUAACGACAUCAGUGAAGGACUCUAGGAGAACUUUAGUUAUUUUAUCCCCGAACUUUUUGGAGAGUGUAUGGGGUAAAAUGGAGUUCAGGACUGCCCACACCGAAGCAAUGAGAGAAGGAAGAGCCAGAGUCAUAAUUGUUCUCUAUGGAGAUAUUAAUAUGGAACUGCUCGAUGAUGAACUAAGGGCCUAUCUGAAAACUAACACUUAUAUAAAGUGGGGAGACCCAUGGUUUUGGGACAAACUGAAAUACGCUUUACCUCAUUCAAGGAUCAAAGGAUUGAAAAACAAAUCGCAGAAGCAUGCGAAUAUGAUGAAAUUCAUCGAUGAUAAAUUCGCACUCGUGGAUGAUAAAACUAGUUCCAAGAGGGAAAGUGAUAGCACGAUUUCUUUUUCCAAUGAAUGUUUAAAAGAGGUGAAUGUCGAUCUCAAGAACGAUGAUGAUAUAAUUCUGGGAAAAGAUAUUGCUUGAACAGUAUUUGGAUUUUUCGAUGGGCAAGUAUUUAUCGAAACAAUCGAUCUGUGAUAAAAAUUAUGCAGCAUCAUUAGAUCAGUUUUUUGAAAUAGAUUCUGAGCUGAAUGUAAUAAAACCAAUAAUUAGAACAAAAUAUCUAUAUUUUUUGAAAAAUGUAUUGAUCUGGUAAUUUCCUUGGAAGGAAAUCAGAGAAUUCAUUGGAAAUUUUGUAUAUCUACAACUAAUGUUCGAAGAAAAUUUCUACACUUGAAUGAACAAUCCGACCAUACUUUGAAAACAGUGAGAACGAAUAGAAUGUAAGCAAAAAAAAUGAGGCCAUAUGAAUACAGAUAGAGUUUUCAUCAUGUGAUGAAAGAUGCGUCUUAAUAAUUAUUUUGUAUAAUAGAUUCCUGCCAGAGAGGCACACAUCAGCGAUUUGUGCAUAAGAAAACCUAGGGCAUCUAAUGAUUUUAUGAUGUAUUAUAUACAAUAUACACAACUAUAUAGAAAUAUGGUAAUUAUAAACUAUUGGCUGGAAUAUACAUAUACCAACAACCAAUUUAUAUUAAAUAUUAUUGGUUCUUACAAAUUAUAUUGUUGUGGGAAAAAAUAUCGAAAACAUGUUGAAGAAAAAAAACUGAAAAGUGAUCUAGAACAACAUAUCGUAUAAGUUUAGAUGAAUGAAUUUUUUAUUUCUGCCUCUUGAGUAAGCUGAUUACUGUGAUUUUUUUGUACAAUUAAAUGUUGCUAAAU